GAGGGUGGCUUUUUGGGGCAGCAGCAGCAGCAGCAACAUCCGCGCGCGCAGUUGGCCAAAGCAGCAGCGGCAGGAACGCUGGCGCGCGGACGGGUUUUUUUUCCCCCUCUCUCUCUCUCCUUUUCCCCUUUUGGCUUCUUUUCAGCAUGUGGAUGGAGCGCGCGCGAGACGGGGAGAAAGAGAGCGCGCGAGGUGACAAAUCCCAGGGAGAGUCAUGUUGUUAGGCGCGCGCCUCUGCCUCUCUCCUUCUUCUUCUUCUCCUCCUCCUUCCUCCUCUUCCUCUUCUUCUUUUUGCACAAGUAUUCCUUGCACUGUUACCACCAUGACAACUACUACCACCACCACUACUACUUUCUCCUGACUCGCUGACCAGCCCAGUUAUGCAGCCCACUCUCUACCCUCUCUCUCUGCUCCAUGAAUAACGCGCUAGAAUAUGUCAACGCUGAAAAAGGGUUUCUCAUCCCCGAAGUGUGAAUGUAACUACCAGAAGUUCACCUUCUGCUGCUUCUUGUGAAUGCCUUCAACGUGCACGAGACUCAGACAUUAUGGGGACAACUCAGGUUUUGCCUGGCAUUCUGCAGAAGCAUUGCUGUAUUUUACCAGAUCGGAAUACAGAAUCGCAGUGUACACUCUGUGGUGAGCCUGAAGGUUUGGAUUCACUAACAGGGCAUGCAUUCUCAGAGGAAGACGGUGGUGACCUCCUCAAGACGGGGAUCAGUUUUCCGGGGACACCAGAGGAAGAGCUAGAUCAGCUGUACUCAUGGUCUCCUACUCAGCAGCACUUCGAUGAAGAAGGAUACUCUCCUGUUUCAAGGAACAUGAAAGGAUUAUCUGGCAGUCGCAAUCAAUCACAGCUAUGUUCUGCUCAUACUUGUGGUUUAGCAUCCCCUGAAGAUUGUGAACACACCCAUGAUCAUAUUCACCAUGGCCAGGAGUCAAGGCAAUCAUAUCUUCUCAGUCCAACGGAGAGCUGCCCGAUGGACCACCAUCGCUGCUCACCGCGAAGCUCCAUCCAUUCAGAAUGCAUGAUGAUGCCCAUGGUUAUGGGCGAUCAUAUGUCCAGUAGCACCUUCCCCAGAAUGCACUACACCACUCAUUACGAUACUCGGGACGAUUGCACCAUGUCUCAUGCUAACCCUAAGGUCAACCGGAUUCCUGCAAAUCUGUUGGAUCAGUUUGAGAAACAGCUUCCUCUCCACAGAGAUGGUUUUCAUACUUUACAGUACCAGAGGACUUCAACGGCUGCUGAGCAACGCAGUGAAAGCCCAGGAAGAAUACGUCACCUUGUUCAUUCAGUCCAAAAACUUUUCACAAAAUCUCAUUCUUUGGAAGGCUCUUCCAAGAGCAAUGUCAACGGAACAAAGGGAGAUGGCCGAGGGGAUGACCAUCAUCAUGGACAUCAUUCUAAACAUGGCAAAAGAAGUAAAAGCAAAGAGCGGAAACCUGAGACUAAGCAUAAAACUGGAAUGAGCAGUUGGUGGAGCUCGGAUGAUAAUUUGGACAGUGAUAGCACCUACCGAACACCAAGUGUUGUCAACAGGCAUCACGUAGAUCAUAUUUCUCAUUGCUACCCUGAAGCUCUUCAGGGACACUUUGGGGACCUCUCAUUAAAGACUUCAAAGAGUAACAAUGAUGUGAAAUGUUCAGCUUGUGAAGGGCUUGCCAUGGCCCCUGAUGGCAAAUACAUGAAAAGGAGCUCUUGGUCUACGCUUACAGUAAGCCAGGCUAAAGAAGCUUAUCGCAAGUCAUCCCUUAACCUAGAUAAGCCUCUAGUUCAUCAGGAAAUCAAACCUUCCCUGAGGCCAUGCCAUUACCUUCAGGUGCCUCAAGAUGAAUGGGGUGGGUAUCCUGCUGGUGGAAAAGAUGAUGAGAUUCCCUGUCGAAGGAUGAGAAGCGGAAGUUACAUUAAAGCGAUGGGAGAUGAGGAAAGCGGAGAUUCCGACACUAGCCCCAAAACAUCACCAAAGGUAGCAGUUCAUCCAGAGUCCUUGUUGAAAUCUAUUGGACAAAGAGCUCUUGGAGACCACCAAAAUCAGAGCUACCUGCAAGCUGCGAGUGAUGUCCCUGGUGGUCACAGUUUGGAUCCAGCAGCAAACUACAAUUCCCCCAAGUUCCGCUCAAGGAACCAGAGCUAUAUGAGAGCAGUGAGCACCCUCAGUCAGGCCAGCUGCGUCAGCCAGAUGAGUGAAGCAGAGGUCAAUGGGCAAUUUGAAUCUGUUUGUGAAUCAGUGUUUAGUGAAGUUGAAGCUCAGGCAAUGGAUGCCCUCGACUUGCCAGGUUGUUUCCGAACCAGAAGCCACAGUUACUUGCGCGCCAUUCAGGCGGGUUACUCUCAAGAUGAUGAAUGUAUCCCUGCAAUGGCAUCUUCCAAUAUCACCUCAACAAUCAGGUCAACCACAGCUGUGACUUAUACGAGUUACAAAAAAACACCGCCGCCUGUACCCCCUCGCACCACCUCGAAGCCACUAAUCUCAAUUACAGCACAGAGCAGCACAGAAUCCACCCAGGAUGCCUAUCAUGAUAGUCGGACUCAGAGGAUUUCCCCCUGGCCGCAAGACAGUCGAGGGAUGUACAACUCCACAGACAGCCUGGAUAGUAACAAGGCCAUGAACCUGGCCUUGGAAACGGCAGCUGCACAACGCCACAUGUCGGAGAGCCAAAGCACCUCAGUCCGAACCAGUGACAAGGCCAUCCUCGUGACAAAAGCGGAGGAGUUCCGUAAGAGCCGGCGUUCGUCUAUAGGGAUUCAGGUGGAAACAGCAACUGAUUCGGAUACUGAGAGCAAAGGUCUACGGGAAUAUCAUUCAGUUGGAGUGCAAGUGGAAAAUGAUAAACGACAUGGCCGGUUUAAGCGAUCAAAUAGCGUAACAGCAGCAGUUCAAGCUGACCUGGAACUCGAAGGCUUUCCAGGACAUAUAACAAUGGAGGACAAGGGACUUCAGUUUGGUGGCUCUUUCCAGCGGCACUCAGAACCAAGCACCCCUACCCAAUAUGGUGCAGUAAGGACUGUACGGACACAGGGGCUAUUUAGUUACCGAGAAGAUUAUAGGACCCAAGUAGACACCUCUAAUCUCCCUCCACCCGAGCCCUGGUUGGAACCAGCCAUUGAAACAGUGGAAACAGGACGGAUGUCUCCCUGCCGACGGGACGGGUCAUGGUUUAUGAAGUUGCUACAUACUGAAACAAAAAGGAUGGAAGGAUGGUGUAAAGAGAUGGAAAGAGAAGCAGAAGAAAAUGAUCUAUCUGAAGAAAUUCUAGGUAAGAUCCGGAGUGCCGUGGGAAGCGCCCAACUGCUUAUGUCUCAAAAAUUCCAGCAAUUCUAUUGGCUAUGUCAACAGAAUCUGGAUCCCAGUGCUAUGCCGCGGCCAACUUCGCAGGAUCUAGCUGGAUUCUGGGACUUGUUACAGCUUUCAAUUGAAGAUGUCAGUAUAAAGUUUGAUGAACUACACCAGCUGAAACUGAAUGAAUGGAAAAUAAUAGAAUCACCUGAAAGGAAGGAAGAAAGAAAGGUUCCUCCACCUGUACCAAAGAAGCCCCCAAAAGGAAAAUUCCCUAUUACACGAGAGAAGUCUCUAGACCUGCCUGACCGACAGCGUCAAGAAGCUCGUCGACGGCUAAUGGCCGCUAAACGGGCCGCCUCUUUUCGGCAAAAUUCGGCCACGGAACGGGCAGACAGCAUUGAGAUCUAUAUCCCAGAGGCCCAAACCAGGCUUUAAAGACCGGAAUGCUGCAUACAUUCUUCAUCUUUUUUAAAACAAAACAAAACAAACCGAAAGAAAGCAAAAGCAAAAUGCUUGUACAGUUUGUCUCCUCCCUGCUGGUUUGUCACCCACAUACACAUAUAUUGCCCUCCCCACUGCCACCGAAUGGCCCUUGGUGUUGUGUCCUUUGUGCCACAUGCACAGUGGAAUGCUUUCUGAUUCCUUCAGAGUCCGCUGAGCCCAUCACAAGAACAACCGUUCUGUUCUCUCUCCCCUCAAUUUCUCUUUGCUUUUGUUUCUUUUUCCUUUUAUAUUUAUGAUUAGACUAAACAAUCAGCUCCAGUGGAUAGGGCUUGUUGAGACCUUACUUAUCCAAGAUGUUCUCAGAGGACAACAAGAAACACCUCCUGAGAUGGAACCCAGCUUCCUUUUUUGUUAUUUAUAUUUUUAUAAAAUGAUGUGAUAUUUAGGGAUAAGAAUUACAAACCUUUCAAAUGGGUGUGUCUUACCAUUCACCAGAGGCAUUAGCUAACCCAAGUAGAAGGUGCUACAAAUGUCAAGUGCAAGAAAGAAAGAAAGAAAGAAAGAAA